UCGAUCUCGAUGCGCAGGCAUCUACUGCGCACGCUGCGCAUGUGCAUUCGUGCGAGCGGACUUCUAAUAUGUCGGAUCGAAAUUCAGCGAAACAACGCCACUUCUCGUAGCGAGUACAGAGAAGCCUGUGACUUUUGGUCACCUUGACCGCACUUCGGGAUGGAUGAAUGACGACCCACUGACCUCCCCCUGCGGCCGCACACACGAUGGGUGACGCCGGCACAUGAAGCAUUUGCCUGUCGCAGCGGCGCCGAGCAUCGCCACCGACAUCGCAAUGACAAAGCUCAAGGUCGUGCUACUUGUUCUCAAUGGUGGCAUUCUCAUCUGCUGCGUGCUGCUCUUUCUCAUCCCGGACUACAAGACGCUGUCAUGGUACCGUUUCAAGAUCCUCAAUCCUUCGGCCCUAUACCCUCUGACGGAGGAGGUUGGCUACAACAUGGAGCGGGGCGUCGGCAUCAGUGGCAACUGCACGCUGCACCUUCCACCGUGGCGGCGCGGCCGUGACACGCCACGCGUGAUGACCUACACGGAGUGGUUGAAGACAAUGGCACUGAUGAAGCUACUCGACAUGGUGUUGACGGGCAGCAACGUUCACUACAUGCUGUUUGGAGGUUCACUCUAUGGCUCAUACAUGUGCCACGACAUGCUGCCCUGGGAUGAUGACAUUGACAUCAUGGUCGACCACAACCAAAGACCCAAGAUGGAGCAUUUGUUGAAGGAGCUUAGUCCUGAGUACACGAUGCUCAAUCACACCUCCAAGUUGUUUCUCAAGUUCUUUCUUACGAAUACCCCAAAGACCUGGGAGUAUGAGUGGUCGUGGCCCUUCAUUGACAUCUCCUUCUACAAGGAAAACGAAACGCACGUCUGGGAGCACGGCCAGAGCCACAAGCUGUACCGAACGUACCCAAAGGAGAUCGUUUUCCCGCUUCAUCGGCGGCCGCUUGGCAGCAUCUGGUUGCCCUGCCCGCGAGACUCGCGGGCAUUCCUGAUGCAUUCCAUUAGAAGUGAGAACAAAACUUUCCAGUGUGGCCAGCAGGGGUGGGUGCACAAGGCAGAGACACGCGUGGAAGAGGACCAUAUCGUCGACUGCUCGGGGUUAGAGCAUGUUUACCCGACCAUCUACAGAAGCUCUGCGGUGGGAGGUGUGCGCGAGACGCUGCGGCAGGGCAGCCACGUCUUCUACUCGUGUAUCCUGCCCGAACCACCGGCAGCCAUCACCGUAGGCGGUUUCUCGUUCGACCUGGCAAAGUCGGCGAUCAGUCGCCCGCUUUCGAACGGUACCACACCGUCUGCAUCGUCGGAAUCGACACCGCGAAAAGCGACCCUCAAUAUCACGUUGCUGGUGGACGAGUGGACUCGUGCUCCAGUGGAAAAACCCAACACAAGUUCGCUUGAUUGGAUACAUGUGGAGACGAAGGCAGAGGACUAGGACGGCGCACAAAUCUGUGAAUAAACGUGGACGUGUCUGCGAUUGAAGUCCGUGGCAUCUGCUAAUUUGGUUGGUAGGAAAUUAUAUUCCGUGAGUUGCUGCUGAUAUCUUACUCACAAGGAUAACUUUCGCAAACUGUUGAAGGCCAGUGUCAUUAGCUAUAGAAAUUACACAGGUUAGUACAAGUUACUAAUCACUAAUGGGUUGUGUAGCCAUUUAUUGCACAUAGUUUCGAAUUAACAAGAGAUUUUGUGUGUGCAGGUUUAUUCCAAAGUAAAGGUGCUAAUUUGUUAAUAGUUUGCUAAUCAUCUGCUAACUAUUAUGGUUUAUUUGUAAACGUUUUAGAAAUUUUCUCGUAGUGUAUAGUUUAUAAUUAUUCGAAGAAAUGUGCGAGUAGUGUAUGAAAAUGUUCGUGGUUUGUUACUGCUAAGAAGCGAUCUCUACUGAUCCUGUGAGGGAUUUUCUAAAGUUCUCAAUGUCUAAAGUUGGAUUUGGCUGCAACAUUCAUCUGAUGGGCAGGAGGCCAAAAUCUCCAUAUCACACCUCUACUAUGGCAGAAGCGUAGGGUACUACAUGUUGAUGCUGUUCGAAAUUUAAUUAAAUACCGAAUUAUACUAUGCUAAUCUUAUCAUAUCUUUCGAGUCAUGCCGUACGGUCCAUUUUCAAACGAAGUAUACGUUGUGUUAAGAAAUAUAAUAUGUUCUUCUGCGAGUGCUCCGUGUUUUAUCGCAAAUCGUACUAUCUAUGGUUUAUCGCAUAAUAUAAUAUAACAGUAAAUUAUAUAUAAUAUAAUAAUUAUAUAACAGUGCGCACGCACGUUAUGCACACGCACACACACAGACGCACGCACGCACGCGUACAUACCCAUCCAGCACUGCACGUUUGCGUGUUCUCUCCCCCCACCUCUUCCUCUUUUCCUUCUUUCGCUCUCUUCCCUUUCUGUAGUACAUUCCUCCUACGAAAAUAUUGUGUAUGCGAACCUUCGCCAAACAGUAUAUAGUUAUAAGAGUUAAUUUAUUGUCUAUAUUUUACUGUAGUAUCUUACACGCACACAUCUUAGAAACCUGUAUGAGGUGUGGUUUAGAGAAAAAUAAAAUGUCGAUAAAGUUUUAAGUGACAUGUUCA